UCCACGGCGGAGAAAUGCCUCCCGGGGAGCUUGGCCGUGCGUCUGUCUGUCUGUCUGUCUGCCACUGAGCCCUGAGAUAUGAGCACCUAGGUGUACAGUGAAGAAGCAGCGCGUGUGUGGAAUUUCCUGCGCGUACCAUUCGGACUUCAGGAGCGCCCCAGCCACCACUUGUCACGAUGGUGAACCUGUUCCGCUCCCUCUCGCUGCUGCUCUCAGCAGGCGCGGCCUAUGCUUCCCUCCAGAUUGUGCCCGGGGCGACACUGACCGGUACCAACACGGGCGCCCACGUCCAGGCGCACGGGGCGGGGGUCAUUCAGGUCGACGGGACGUACUACCUGAUCGGCGAGGACAAGACGACGGGCUCGGCGUUCCAGAACGUCAACUGCUACUCGUCCAAGGACCUCGUGUCGUGGACAUAUGUCGGCGCUCUGCUGUCGCGCGGGGCGUCGGGCGACCUCGGCCCCAACCGGGUGGUCGAGAGGCCCAAGGUCAUCUACAACUCGUCCACCCGCAAGUAUGUCAUGUACCUGCACAUCGACGACUCGUCGUACGGGGAGGCCAAGGUCGGGGUUGCCACGGGGGACUCUGUCUGCGGCAAGUAUAACUACCUGGGCAGCUGGCGGCCGCUGGGCUUCCAGUCGCGUGACAUCGGGCUCUACCAGGACGAUGAUGGGAAGGCCUACCUGUUGACGGAGGAUCGUGCCAAUGGCCUCCGGAUCGACGCUCUCACCUCGGACUACCUGAACGUCUCGUCUGCCGUCUACACGUUUGGUAGCUACGAGGCGCCUGCGAUCGUGAAGAAGAACGGCUACUACUUCCUGUUUGCGUCGAAGCUGACUGGGUGGAACGCGAACGACAAUGUCUACACGUAUUCGACGAGCCUGUCGUCCGGGUGGUCGGCCUGGACGACUUUUGCGACGGCGGGCAGCAACACGUACACGUCGCAGACGAACUACAUCCUGCCAGUGUCCAACAGCCUGACGAUGUACAUGGGCGACCGCUGGGUGUCGAGCAACCUGUUGGCAUCGACCUAUGUGUGGCUGCCGCUGACCUUCUCGGGCACGACGGUCAGCAUGGCGAACCAGGUGAACUGGAUCCCCAACGUGGCCGGGGGCGGGGCGUGGACGGUGGGGCCGAGCGAGAGCCAGCCCGAGGGCGAGACGGCGGUGCUCACCAACGGGGCCAAGACGGUCAGCUGCAGCGGGUGCAGCGGGGGCUCGGCGGCCGGGUACAUUGGGGGCAGCACCGGCGGCACGGUGACGUUCAACGGGGUGGCGAGCAGCGCGGGCACGACCAGCACCAUCCGGAUCAAGUAUCAGAACGGUGACAGCUCCCAGCGGUACGCGGACGUGUCGUGCAACGGGGUAAAGCAGAAGGUUGCGUUCCUGCCGACGGCCUCGGGCAACGGGACCCCGGGGUCGAGUGUUGUCAACUGUGCGCUGCGGUCUGGCAGUGAUAAUGUUGUUGUUGUCUCGCAGACUGAUGGGACGUACGGGCCGGAUGUGGACAGGAUCAUGGUGCCUGCGAGCUAGAGACUCGGGCAUGUACCUAACACGUACGUGAGUAUAUAUGUACUGACUGUUCC